AUGCCAUGGCCGUGGCGCGAUCGCGAGACCAACGGCGAGUCUCUGCUUCCAUUGGCAGUCCCCAGCAUCAAUGGAAUCGAUCGAGAAUACGAUCGGGAUGGGGACGAGUCUCCCCAACGCUCACGGUCCAGCUCGAGGAAACCGGGGCAUGCCCGGACCACAUCUGCUCAAUCACGGUCCGUAGCCGACGGGUACUCCUUCCUAACCCCGGCCGAGACAGCGACUCAACUCCAGACCACGUUAACACUCGGCCUUUCUCCCACCGAAGCCCUCUCCCGCCUACGCGACUUUGGCCCGAAUGAGAUCCCCCACGACCCGCCCGAUCCGUUAUGGUUGCGAUUUAUACUACAAUUCCGAGAGCCGCUUAUCAUUCUACUUUUGGUCUCCGCCUUUCUCUCCAUUUUUGUUGGCAAUAUGGAUGACGCUGUUAGUAUCACCAUGGCUGUGACGAUCGUCGUCGCCGUCGGGUUCGUGCAAGAGUACCGUUCGGAGAAAUCGAUCGAGGCCCUUAAUCAUCUAGUUCCCAACCACGCUCAUCUCGUCCGGGCCCAGUCUACGCGGCCGGUUUCCGGUGCUAAACCCUCGGCGUGGCCUCCGGCUGUUGGUGACCUAGAAGAGACGGUGCCAGGGUCCGGGUCGGAGACGCCGGGUGAGGAUUUGCUAGAAGCUACUUCGUCUAAAGUCAUGGCGACUCAGCUUGUGCCUGGGGACCUAGUUCUGUUUACAACGGGAGACCGCAUCCCAGCCGAUAUCCGUAUCACGAAAGCUACCGAUCUAACUAUUGAUGCGUCGAAUCUCACAGGGGAGAACGAGGCGCUAAGAAUGACAGCCGAGGCGCGACAACGCAGCCUCUACAACUCCAUGCUUGACCCAACUACGCCGCGCCAACCUAGCCCGUCAGUUCUCCUACCGCCUUCAUAUAACGCAGAACCGAAAGAAACUGCGCGAGGUCAAAGGGUAAAUAAUAUUGCGUACAUGGGGACGCUGGUCAAGUCUGGCCAUGGGCAAGGCAUCGUCUUCGCAACCGGCGGUAACACUCACUUCGGGACCAUCGCUACCAGCGUGUCGGGAACCGAAAGUCCUCGAUCCCCUCUUCAGCAGAGCAUGGACCAACUAGGGAAGCAGCUCAGCCAAAUAUCGUUCGGAAUUAUCGCCUUGAUAUCUCUGGCUGGACUACUCCAAGGCAAGAAAAUCCUCGAAAUCUUUACGAUAUCCAUCUCUCUAGCCGUUGCCGCGAUACCCGAAGGGCUACCGAUUAUAGUGACGGUGACCCUGGCCUUGGGCGUCCAUCGCAUGGCAAAGCACAAUUCCAUUGUCCGGAAAAUGCCGAGCGUCGAGACGCUGGGCUCGGUCAAUGUGGUCUGCUCUGACAAAACAGGGACGCUAACCAUGAACCACAUGACAACAGCUAAGAUGUGGUAUUUUGGCUCAGAAGAGCCGAUCGAUGUUGAUUCGGACGACGAGGCGACGGAAAAGUCCCCCGAUGCCGCGGCACUCCGACUCCUGCGUAUCGGCAACAUAGCAAACAAUGCACGACUUGCACAUGGAGCGAGACCGGCAUUGCUAGGAUCCCAGGGCAGAGAAUUCGCGCCGUACACGCGUUGGGUUGGACAGCCGACCGACGUCGCGAUGCUCGACCUGCUCGACAGAUUUAAGGAGCAUGAUGUGAGAGACUCGAUUGGCCCCCGCACAGCCGAAACACCUUUCAGCUCUGAAAGGAAGUGGAUGGGAGUGGUGAUCGGGACCCAUCCCGGGAAUAGCGAUAACGAAUACGCUUAUAUGAAGGGCGCUAUAGACAAAGUCCUAGACGCUUGUAGUGCAUACCUCACCGCCGAUGGUCGCGAGAUCGUUUUAGACUCCCUUCGGCGCCGAGAGGCAUUGCAAGCAGCCGAAAGGAUGGCUGAAAAGGGGCUGCGGGUCUUGGCAUUCGCGAGCGGCCCAGCGGCCAAACCCCCGCGGAGCAAGCCCGCCUAUAACUCCGCUCGAAGCCCUACACCUCUUGGCCGAGACGAAAGCCAGAGCCCAGGGAUAUCCAGUAGCGAAGAAUCCUACAAGGGUUUAACCUUUGCGGGACUGGUAGGGAUGAGUGACCCUCCGCGACCAGGGGUGUCUCGGUCCAUCCGAAAAUUAAUGCGCGGCGGCGUCAAGGUCAUCAUGAUCACUGGCGAUUCCGCAACUACGGCGUUGGCUAUCGGAAGACAGCUUGGCAUGCAGAUUGCCACACCUCGCGAGCACUCUUCGAACCAGGUCGCCGUUAAACCGGUGCUCACGGGGGACGAACUCGACGCCAUGACAGAGGACGACCUCGCGGCGGCGAUGCAGAACACGACAAUAUUCGCGCGUACAAACCCAGACCACAAGAUGAAAAUCGUCCGAGCGCUUCAAUCGAGAGGCGACAUCGUUGCCAUGACUGGGGACGGGGUAAACGAUGCCCCGGCGCUGAAGAAGGCUGAUAUCGGUAUAUCUAUGGGUUUGCAUGGGACCGAUGUGGCCAAGGAGGCUUCGGACAUGAUUCUCACAGAUGACGAUUUCUCAACCAUACUUCACGCUAUCGAAGAAGGCAAGGGCAUCUUCAACAAUAUUCAGAACUUCAUCACAUUCCAGCUCAGUACCAGCGUAGCCAGUCUGGCUCUGGUCCUCGUCUGCACCUGCAUGGGGCUCAAAACUCCCCUGAACGCCAUGCAGAUUCUCUGGAUUAACAUUAUUAUGGAUGGUCCGCCAGCCCAGUCUCUGGGCGUCGAAAAAGUAGAUCCAGAUGUCAUGUCGCGCCCGCCGCGUUCUCGACAUGAACCAGUUCUUACGAAAACUCUCCUCUCACGCGUCCUGACGUCUGCCGCAAUUAUCAUGAUAGGUACCAUGGCCGUGUAUAGCCGCGAGAUGCUACGAGACAGCGAAGUCACCCGGCGCGAUACGACAAUGACCUUCACCUGCUUCGUGCUUUUCGACAUGUUCAACGCGCUGACGUGCCGGUCCGAGAGCAAGUCCAUAUUCAGGGGCGAGGUGGGCCUGUUCUCCAAUAAGCUAUUCAACUGGGCGGUGUCGCUGAGCUUUGCAGGCCAGCUGCUCGUCGUCUACUUCCCGUGGCUGCAGGAGAUCUUCCAGACGGAGGCGCUAAGCUUCCUCGACCUCGUGAGGCUGUUCGUGCUGGCGAGCUCGGUAUUCUGGGCCGACGAAGUCAGGAAAUGGUAUAAAUACGGGCGCAGGCGGUUGAACGGGUACAGUCAAGCCGUCUAG